AUGGCUGAAGUGAAGGAAGAGCAGCCCAAGAGGUUCUCGCUUUGGAACUUCUGGAUCAGUUCGUUGCUGCUUAAGUUGCUACUGAUACCGGACUACUACAGCACCGAUUUUGAUGUACAUAGGAACUGGCUGGCGAUCACUAAUAAGCUGCCGCUAAGGCAGUGGUAUUACGAGCACACAAGCCAAUGGACACUGGAUUACCCGCCGUUCUUUGCAUACUUUGAAUGGUUCCUGUCGCAGUUCGUUCCCAGCUAUGUCAAGAGUGAUGGGUGCCUCGAUAUAGUUGAAGUUGGUCAGUUUGGUAUGCCUACAGUAGUGUUUCAGAGACUGACAGUCAUUGCGAGUGAGAUCCUUUUAUUUGUUGUGUUGCAAGUGUAUAUCAACACCAGCAAAGUCAGUGAGAGGACCCAAAGUUUUGUUGUGGCAUCGAGUAUUGCCAUUUCCCCGGGGUUCCUGAUUAUUGACCACAUUCAUUUCCAGUAUAAUGGGUUCUUGUUUGCCAUAUUGAUUGCUUCUAUUGUUGCGGCCAAAAACAAGAAGUACUUGUGGUGUGGGUUCUUUUACUCUGUUGCCCUGUGUUUCAAGCAUAUUUACCUGUACUUGGCGCCAUGUUACUUCGUAUUCUUGUUGCGAGCUUAUGUUUUGAACUUGAAGGACUUCAAAUUCAAGUCUUACAGGGACUUGAUAUUUAUUGUGAAGUGGAGGCAUCUGGUUAAGCUGGGCAGUGUAGUGAUCGCUACCUUUGCUGUUGCAUUUGGACCAUUCAUCUUUGACCUGCCACAAUUGCUAACGAGAUUGUUCCCCUUUUCUAGGGGACUGACUCAUGCCUAUUGGGCUCCUAACUUCUGGGCUAUUUACUCCACCAUUGAUAAGAUAUUGACGAUGGUUUUCUUGAAAAUGCCAUACACCUACAAAUUAGCAUCGCAAUUUAUCUCGCCUCCACUAAUUCCUGCUUCUCUGAAUGAGAUUAAAGCAAAGAUGGCUGCUAACAACAAUGGUUCUAAAGGCCUUGUAGAAGAUGUUUAUUUCGUGAUAUUACCACAGAUUGUACCAAAACUGACGUUCUUGUUAACUCUCUUAUACCAAGUGUUAGCGGUGGUGCCAGUUUUAUUUGAUCCAUCUUUCAAGAGGUUUAUGGGGUCUAUGACAUUAUGUGGUCUAGCAUCAUUCCUAUUUGGGUGGCAUGUUCAUGAGAAGGCUAUUAUGCUAGUCAUUAUUCCAUUCUCCUUCUUAGUGAUAAGUGACAGACGGUUGUUGUCUUCCUUUAUGUUGCUGACUUCCGCUGGUUAUGUUUCGCUGUUCCCAUUGUUAUAUGAGUCCCAGGAUUUCCUAAUCAAGACUUUCUACACCUAUGUGUGGUGUGUAAUUUACUUCUUUGCUUUCAGAAAGACCACUAGACUGUCCACCAGUGUGGAGAGAAGGGUGUUUUUCCUUGACCGUCUAACAUUGGUAUACAUGUUCUUAUUGAUACCGAUGGUAUUCUUAAUACAAAUCAGGGAUAUUCUUGGUUGGAAGUACUUGGUUUUGCAAAGGUUUGAAUUUUUGAGCUUGAUGGUCUACAGUUUCUAUUGCUCUGUUGGUAUCAUAAGUGCCUGGUUUGGUCUAUCAUGGUUAUAUAACUUUGAUGAGCCACUGUGGGUAAGCAAUGAAUAA